AUGCCUCUUUCGGGCUCAAGAAUUUCCCUACCUGAGCCCUCUGGCCAUCACGAACUACUACUACGAACCAUUACACCCAGCUUCGCCCCCGAGCCAUUGCCGUCGUCUCCGCCUCUCGGUGCGGCCUCUCGCCAUCUCAAAGCUAUGCUGCAGCCCCGGUUAGGCAGCAUCCGCCCGGCUCGGAUAGCCACGAGCCUCCUACGUCCUCUCCGCACGUAUGCUACCGCCAUCGACCACAAGCCUCCGCCGUCCAUUGAGCCCACUGUCGCAUCCGAUGCAGGUGUCCUCCGGUUCGAAGGAUCUCGAAAGGAAAAGUUCAUUCCCCUGCGCACAUACAAGCCACGAACACCGGGUCUUCGCCAUCUCAAGCGUCCAGUGAACAACCAUCUGUGGAAGGGACGCCCGCUUCUGAAGCUCACCAUCGCACGUAAAGGUCAGCAUCUAGGCGGUCGCAACAAUACUGGUCGUGUGACGGUUAGGCACAGGGGAGGUGGUCACAAGAGGAGGAUACGCAUCGUGGAUUACAAGCGCUAUCUGCCUGGGAAACACGUCGUCGACAGGAUCGAAUAUGACCCGAACCGCACCGCCCAUCUAGCCCUGAUCACCCGUUUGGAAACCGGGGAGAAAACUUAUAUUGUGGCUGCAGAUGGAAUGCGUGCUGGAGAUGAAAUCGAGAGCUUCAGGAGCGGUAUUCCCAAAGAUCUGAUCAAAGAGAUGGGUGGCAUCAUCGAUCCCGGUAUGCUGGCAGCCAAAACAGCGUCGAGGGGAAAUUGCUUGCCCAUACACAUGGUUCCCCUCGGGUCUCAGGUGUUCAACGUGGGCUCCAAAUCGAAGGGUGGCGGUGUCUUCUGUCGGAGCGCUGGGACGUAUGCUAUCAUUGUCAAUAAAGAGGAGGGCGAAUUGCCCAAGGGUGGCAUCGAAGUGAAAAGCGUCAUCAUACGUAUGCAGAGUGGAGAGAUUCGCAAGGUCAGCCCUGACGCAUGCUGUACCAUUGGUGUAGCCAGCAACAUUCAGUCACAUUUCGCCCAGCUUGGUAAGGCCGGGCGGGCGAGGUGGCUAGGAAAACGACCUGAAGUUCGUGGUUUAGCCAUGAAUGCUGCUGAUCAUCCUCACGGAGGUGGUCGAGGUAAAUCAAAGGGUAAUGUGCACCCAGUCAGUCCGUGGGGUACUCCGGCGAAAGGAGGUUACAAGACAAGACACAAGAGGAACAAACACACAUUCCUUGUGACAGAUCGACCGCGCAACCAAGGCAAACGCAGACCGAAAUAG